ACAGAGAAACAGCCAUGGCACCUACAGCCACUGCAGCAAUGAACUCUUCCAAGGAGUACCUGACUCUCAACAACAAGCUGAGAAAGCCGAUGGUGGAGAAGAUGCGCAGAGAUCGUAUCAACAGCAGCAUUGAGCAGCUCAAGUCUCUCCUGGGCCCAGAGCUUCUCAACCAGAAUCCCGACUCCAAGCAGGAGAAAGCCGACAUCCUGGAGAUGACCGUUUGCUUCCUGAGACGGCAGCACCAGCACCAGCAAGCUAACAGCAUGUCCUGCUCUACAGCUGUCAGUGAGGGCUACUUCAAGUGUGUCCAAGAAGCUGUGAGCUUCCUGUCACGUUGUGAAGUGAAGACAGCGUCCCAGAGAAGACUGCUGAGCCAUUUCCAAACCCUGAAGCCUUCCUCUGAUAAGAGCAGCAGUCACGGUGUCCUGCCUCAGCUGACCUCCCCAGCCCGCAACUCUGCCAGCAAAGAGGAGACUGCAGCCAGCAGCGCCCUCUGGAGGCCCUGGUAG